AUGAAUCCAAAUGACAGUUUCCUGUCUACAGUCUCUACGGCUAAUCCGGGCGCACCGGUGAUGGCUCGGAUAGUGGCAAAUGUGGUAGAUAUGCAGCAACAUCUUGUUAAUCAAUACCAAACCGUUGUCAAUUCAAUGGAAGCACUAAAGGCGGAGGUGCACAACUGCACACAGUCGCUGAGAGAAGAUCUAAGACGAACCGACGACCGCGCUCAGAAACAGGUCGAUGACCUGAGAACGACUCAUGCUAACGAAGUUGAACGACUGAUGGAUUUGAUCAAAACGUUACUAAUAAGGGACACAAGUGUCGCAUCUCACACACCUCCAAAAGUUAGUGAGCAGCCUCGCAUUACCCCUGCUCAGCUUGCGUAUGCUAAUGCUGCUUCGGCGAGUAGUUUUUUCGGACCUCCUGCUGCUGUACCAAACGAUCUAACUGCUCAUACUCAAUAUAUGGCCUACUACAUGCAGCAGCUCCAAGAACAACAGAGAAUGCGUUCAGUGGCUGCUCCUACAGCCGGCUUCUUUGGAAAUCAAACAGGACUUGGAAUGGGUGCCAUGGGUAUUCCUGGAGCUAUGCCUCAAAGCCAGCAGCCAGCCACAAUGAUUCCAGUUCCUCCCAGUCUUCCAGCAGUCCCAAAACCGCCCACAGUCGCCCCUCCAGUUGCGGCCGUGCCACCUGUUACUGCUACUGUCCCAGUUCCUGCCUCUGUUCCCGUUCCCGCCUCUGUUCCUGUUCCUGCCUCUGUUCCUGUUCCUGCCUCUAUUUCUGCUCCCGCUGUUGUUUCCAGUGCUGCACCAGUCGCAACGACAUCUCACACAUCGGCAUCCACCGCCACUACCACCGCUAGCUCACUCGCUGCUAUAUUUCCAGGUAUCUUCCAAUCUCCCAAAGUUGGGGCAGCCACCGCAGCUGUACCACCGGGCAAAGUAGAAGCUCCAAAGACUGAAUCGACACCUCCUAAGCCCGCAUUUUCAUUUAUAACGCCAAAACCAAAUACACCUGCAACUCCUCCUGCAGCUUCCGACACAAAAUCUUCAGCUACUAUCUUUUCCGGUAUAAAGCCAACAGAGAAUGUGUUCUCCAAGACUCCAGAAUCGAAAAGUAUUGUAAAGAAAGAGCAGAAUGACGGUCACGAAGAAGAAGAGCAUGUUGACGAAUUCGAACCACAAAUUGAUUUCAAACCUGUGUGCCCACUUCCAGAAUUAGUGAAAGUGGUUACUGGUGAGGAGGACGAGAAGGUACUUUUCGAAGAGCGCUGUAAGUUAUACCGUUACGCUGAUGAAACAAAGGAAUGGAAAGAACGUGGAACUGGAACCAUGAAAAUAUUGGAGAACACAAACACCAAUAAAUGUCGUAUCGUGAUGCGAAGAGAGCAGGUGCAUAAAGUAUGUGCGAACCAUCAGUUGCUUCCUGGAAUGACAAUUCAAUCUAUGCCUCGUCAAGAAAAAGCGAUGAUGUGGUAUUGUGAAGAUUUUUCCGAAGAACAAAAAAGUCACGAGAAGCUCUCUGCAAGAUUUGCUAGCGUGGAAGUAGCAAAUAAGUUCAAAGAAGUGUUUGAAAACGCUGUUAAGAAGGCUGGGCACGGAACUCCUGUGAAGUCCACUGCUCCAACUGAAGUGAAGAAAGAUGAUGACAAAAGUAAAAAGGAAAGCAGUGAAGAUAAAGAUAUGAAAAAGGAUACCAAAGUAUCAGAGGAUAAAAACGACAUGAAAAGAGAUGAUCAACCUGCACCAGUCUCACAGAAAGGAUACGGAGAUCAGUUUAAACUACAGCCCGGACAGUGGGAAUGUCCCGAAUGCUAUUCGCGAACGGAUGCUGACAAAUGUCCAUGUUGUGGAACUGCUAAAGGAGGCGAUAAGACUGCCGCACCCGCGACAAAAUCAAUCUUACCGGCAUCAACUAUCCCUCUCGGAGGAACUGGUGGAGGAGCGGCACAGCAGAAAUUCACCUUUGGUUUGAGUGCAGCAGCUGCUGCGAAAGAUGCGCAGACCCCAACGUCGACGUCGACUACUCCCAAAUCAUCCUUGUUUGGUGCUUCUUUAAGUACUGGUACUUCUGGGUCGACUCCAACUACAGGGUUUGCAUUCGGAUCGAAACCGUCUAUUUUUGGCGGAGCAGUGACGAAGACAACCACAGAAGGAUCUACGUUACCUACGUUCUCGUUUGCUAAAAAACCGGAUUCCGCUUCAACUGUUACAUCUGCAACUACGACAACUGCUGCUGCGAGUCCUGUGACGUUCUCUUUUAAACAGUCUGGAUCAGCCACCUCUACUCCUAGUACGGGCAGCUCACUUUUUGGUGGCACUAAACUUUUCGGAGGUUCCAAACCUGUAGAAGAGAAAAAAGAAUCAGAAAAGGCAGCUGAGCAGUCGAAGACGGAACAAAAGGUGUUCGGUAGUGGCUUCGGUAGCAACUUGUCGUUCGCAAGCCUCGCCAAAUCGUCGACUGGAUCAAUUUUUGAUAGCGCGAAUGCACAAAAGGCCCAAGCUGAAUUUGCUGCACAAGCUAAGAGCAAGCUAGCUAUAACUGAUCAUAAGGAGCAAGGUAAAGGAGACUCGACUAAACCGAAAGGAGAUAACGAAGAUGGAGGGGCCGAACGCGGAGCUGAAGAGGAGUAUGAGCCAGACGUCCAUUUUGCACCCGUAAUUCCCCUUCCUGAUCUCGUAGAAGUAGUAACUGGCGAAGAGGAGGAAGAGACUGUUUUCACUGCACGGGCAAAGUUAUUCCGUUUCAUUAAAGAGACCAAGGAAAAUAAAGAGCGUGGCGUUGGGGAGAUCAAGAUUUUGCGCAAUCCCAAAAACAAUACGCAUCGUGUUGUCAUGCGCAGAGAACAAGUGCAUAAAGUCUGUGCAAACUUUGCCAUUCUACCGAGUAUUGAAUUGAACGAGAAAAAAGGGAUGCCAAAUGUUUACAACUGGAUUUGCAGGGAUUACUCUGAAUCAGCGGAAGGCACGGACGAAAUCUUUACGGCCAAGUUCAAAACAGCUGAGAUUGCAAAAGAAUUCCAUGACAAGUUUGUUGCUGCAGCCGCCGCACGUCCGAGCGGUUCAAAGUAG